UUCCGGUGAAAACAAUUUUUGUACACACAACAUCAUAAUCAUUAGUUCAAACUUUGACUGUAGGAAUAAUCGGAAAGAAUGGUUGAAUGGACAGAGCACACCCAAUUUGUAGUGAAAAUAAUGGAUAACUUGGGGUUGAAUAGACCUGCACAUCCUGCAGAUUAAAGAAAAAUCACUUCCAUGGUCUGACUGUCUUUCACCUCAGAAUGAAUUUUUCAACAGGAAUCCAAAUACCUGCCCAGGCUCCAUCAAUGUUCCUGAUGAAUGCUAAUUACACUAACCCCAGCAACCAACAGCAGAGCGUUUACUUUAACAAUGGGAAUCCUGUUCAGAUUGUUGGAACGCCUUAUCCAGUUGUGUAUAACUUUAUACCUCAGAUUUCUGUACAACCUGUACUAGCUAACACUGGUUCUUUGAACCAAGUCCAAAGCAAUCAAGGAACAUUUUUUAUGCAAACACCAUUUUUACAAGGACAACAAGUGAUACAAACUGUAAAUGGUUUUAUUAACAACAUAAUCCAGACUAAACAGGAGCCUUUGUUAUUGACAAACACUGGACAGACAGGGGCUGUGACAAAUGGUCCUACUUGCCAACCACUGUCAGUUUUACCACAGACAUCCACAGAUCCAAGUGUAUCCAAUUCUCAAUCGAUCAAUCAAACCAACAUUUCUCAGCCAAAUGGCACCAGCUGUAGUUUUGCUUUCCAAGUGAAUCAGAAUCCAAUCUCUGCAUCAUCUCAGGCUUCUGCAGCACAAGUUUUAAACAAUUCUGGAUCUAUCAAUGAGGCGAACAAUGCUCAGAUUAAGGGUACAACCUGUGGUCCUGCUUUUCAAGUUCAGAUGAAUUCAGUGUCAGUAUUAUCUCAAACUCCCACUGCAUCAACUUCAACCAAUUCUGUCAAUCAGACAAACAUUACUCAGAAUGAGGGCAUACUCAGCAGUGAGCCUGCUUUCCAAAUUCAUCAGAAUUCACUGUCAGUAUUAUCACAGAGUUACACAGCAUCAGCUUCAAUCAAUUCUGGAUCAGUCAACCAAGCAAAUAUUUCUCAGUCAGCACAGAGUACAAGUUUUACUCCUGCUUGCCAAGUUCAGGUGAAUUCAGUACCAGUUUUAUCCCAGACUUCCACAGUAUCGGUACCAUCCAACUGUGACUCCAAUAAUGAAAUAGCAUCUGACAAAACAUUAUGUGACAAUAAGCCAAAUAGUGAAAUUCUGCAACCCAAAUCCCCAUGUGAGAAAACUGCAGACAACAUACAGCAGCCAAAGAAAUUCAAGCCAAGUAUGCCAGGUCAGAAGUGCCGUCCAUUCAGAAGUUUUAAACUAGUUUUAGAUAAUGAUACAGAGCCUGUUGUUUCCUCUUCCUUGUGCAAAGCAAGACCUUUAGAAGAGAGUGAAAAUGAGGACAGUUCACCUGGUGGAAGCACUCAAGAAAAGGAAAAUGAGACUCAAAGAGCAGAUAGUGAAGACUUCAAUGAACAAUCUAGAGAAUCUCUUUCAACGUGUGGAAAUGAUACUAAUGAUUCAGAGGAUUUGAAAAGUGCAGGAAAUAACAACUCAAAUGACUUUGAUGAUGAACAGUUAAAAGAUGAUGAAAAUAUUAGGGUUAAGUUCAAGGAGAAGGAUUUAAUGCAGAAUACACAGAAAGGCAAGAAAAGUAAAUGCAAUCUGUGUGGAAACUAUGUAGUGAAGUUGGAUUUACAUUUUGAAAGAUACCAUGGUACUCCGUCUAAGUGUAAAUAUUGUGGAAAGAUGUUUGAGGAUAUGUGGCAAACAAAAAAGCAUAUGCAAAAAGAGCAUUUAGAACAACUGAAGAAAGAAUUCACUUGUAACAUUUGCCAAAAAACAUUUUCAGAAAAACAAGAUCUAAGAAACCAUAAAUUUGCAGCUCAUGGAAGUAAAAGAAAAUUCACUUGUGAGGAGUGUGGAAGAAACUUCAAUCAUUUAUCAACAUUGGAAAGUCAUCGCAAAGUUCACACUGGGGUCGACAGAAGUUAUGUUUGUGAAAUAUGUGGUAAACGGUUCCCUACCAGAAACACAUUGAGGCAUGCAAGAAUGCAUAGUCAAACAAGGGAAUGCAAGUGCCCCUACUGUGAUAAGUCUUUCAAUGAAAAGGAUCAACUUCAGAAACAUCUUCGCUUACAUACGGGUGAAAAACCAUACAAAUGUAGACAUUGUCCAAAGGCCUUUAACCACAAUGUAUCACUUAAGGCUCAUGUGAAGAAGUACCAUCCUGAUGUGGGACUUAACAAGGAGUCAGAUUCUAUGGAUGCUAUAGUGAUAGAAUGAUUUUUUAUGCCCUGAGAAGGGUCUUUUAAGUUUAAUGUUUUAAAGGUUUUAUUUAGAAAAAAAAUAAUGCAUGUCAUUUUUCUUGUCCUCAUACAGUAUUGGUAUGUUCAGUUAGCUCUUUGAACAUGUUGAA